AUGAAUGCGGAAAAAGGUCGGCGCCAUCCCUCAGUCAGACAAUUGAAGCGUGCUUCUCUUUUCAAAGGAUUGCAAUUCUUUGCUGCUGUGAAGUCACCGCGGACGCCAUUUUCGUUGUUGGUGGAUGAUGCAGUUGGUGGUGGCGGCCGAGUUAAAUGGGAAAAGCAGCCAAGUGGACUUGUCCUUGUCCACACUGUCGCUACACUCGCUUCCUGUCCUGUGGUAUCCUGGCUGGUGCUGCUGCUGCUACUGCUACUCCUACUC